AUGAAGAUGAGUGGAUCUGAUGAGAAGAUUCUUCUACUGAUGGGUAUGGUGCUUUUAACGGUCGCAGCGACGGCUAUAGAUGAAGACCCUACUGGGUUUGUUAGAUGGGGCCAUAAUUACUACAAAACAUGGGGACAACCAGCUUUGGUUAUUAACGAAACCUCUGAGCUCCACCUCACCCUCGAUCAUAAAUCUGGGUCGGGGUUUGAAUCAAACUCGAUAUACGGAUCAGGAUCUUUCAAUAUGAGAAUCAAGGCACAAACCAAGUCUACGAGAGUCGUUACUUCCUUCUAUCUAAUGUCCAAAUCAAGCCGCAAUGACCAGCUAUGUUUCCAGAUUUUUGGAAAUGGGCCAGCUUAUUUGCUGAAUACAAAUAUAUUUAUGAACGGUGAGGGAGAUAAAGAUCAGAGGUUUCAUCUUUGGUUUGAUCCACCAAAAUAUUACCAUUCAUAUAGGUUUCUUUGGAACCAACAUCAACUUGUGUUCUAUGUAGAUGAUACACCGAUCCGAGUGUACAGGAAGAAUCCAGGCAUUUCGUACCCAUCUGUGCAAACGAUGUUUAUGCAUGGGAGUGUGAAAAACGGAUCGAUAGUUGACCCCAAGGAGAUGCCUUACACUGCUGUGUUCCAGGCAUCAACUAUUGAUGGGUGUGUAACUGAUUUUUUUGGUAUAGAAAAAUGCUUUGGUCCUGAAUUUUGGUGGAAUCGCAAAGAAAAUUGGCAGCUAAGCUCUAGAGAGAGAAAACUGUAUAUGAAUGCAAGGAAGGUGUACAUGGACUAUGACAAUUGCUCUGACAGAAAGCUAUAUCCAGAGGUGCCUAAAGAAUGCAAGUCACAAUUAGCGAAAAUUUAA